AUGGCUGCGUGGCGCGAGCGACUGGCCGGCGUGCGCGGGGUGCUGCUCGACAUCUCGGGCGUGCUGUACGAUGGCGGCGCGGGCGGCGGCGUGCCCAUCGCCGGCUCCGUGGAGGCGGUGGCGAGACUGAAGCGCUCCCCGCUGAAGGUGCGGCUCUGCACCAACGAGUCUCAGAAGUCCCGCCGGGAGCUGGUGGGGCUGCUUCGCAGGCUGGGCUUCAGUGUCUCCGAGGGGGAGGUCUCCGCCCCAGCCCCGGCCGCCUGCCAGAUCCUGAGGGCACGAGGCCUGCGGCCACACCUGCUCAUCCACGAAGAAGGCUUUUCCUUUCAGAACAUGAACAAAGCUUUCCAGGUGCUCAUGGAGCUGGAAAAUCCUGUGCUCAUAUCCCUGGGCAAAGGACGCUACUACAAAGAGACCUCUGGCCUGAUGCUAGACGUUGGUGCCUACAUGAAGGCACUUGAGUAUGCCUGUGGCAUCGAAGCCGAAGUGGUGGGGAAACCGUCUCCCGAGUUCUUCAAGUCUGCACUGCAGGAGAUGGGCGUGGAAGCUCACCAGGCCAUCAUGAUCGGAGACGACAUCGUGUGCGACGUCGGCGGGGCCCAGCGGUGCGGGAUGCAGGCGCUGCAGGUGCGGACCGGAAAGUUCAGGCCCAGCGACGAGCAGCACCCGGAGGUGCAGGCCAACGGGUACGUGGACAACCUCGCGGAGGCUGUGGACCUGCUGCUGCAGCACAUGGACGCCUGA